CCCGCCCCGCUGCCGGCUCGGCGGGCGCCUGCCGCCUCCUUUGAAAGCCGGGCCGGGCAGCGGGGUAGUUGGGCUGUAGCAUGAGGCCGCAGGUAGUAGAACUAUAGGGGAAAAAGGACUUGUCUCCACAACUUGCUUUACACUAUCUUUUGGCACAAUGGACACUUUUUAAGAGUUUCGCCGGUAAUCAAAACUCAUCCAGGAACACGAACGUUGGACUUCAAGGAGCAAGAGACUUUAAGGAGCUCCUCGGAAUCAAUUGCUUAUAAAAACCUGGUUUAACCCUACAGCUUGGGAAUGAAUACUAUCGAGACCGCAAAACUUGAAGACCAUAUGGAGGGUCAAAACAAUGACACUGCUAAUGGAUACACGCGACCUACUCUCUCAGUCAGUGAGGAGAACAAAAAUGGCAGUAACAAACCAAAAAGCUUGUCCAACGGCUUGCGAAAAACGGCAAAGAAAUAUCCUGAUUACAUCCAGAUUGCUAUGCCUGCUGAAUCUAGGAACAAAUUUCCUCUGGAAUGGUGGAAAACUGGCAUUGCCUUUGUCUAUGCUCUCUUCAACUUGAUUUUAACAACUGUCAUGAUCACUGUGGUCCAUGAGAGAGUACCUCCAAAAGAGCGGAGCCCUCCCUUACCUGACAAAUUUUUUGAUUAUAUUGAUCGUGUGACAUGGGCUUUUUCUGUAUCAGAAAUAAAUGGGAUGAUACUAGUUGGAUUGUGGAUAUUCCAGUGGUUAUUUCUUAGAUAUAAAUCAAUUGUGGGACGCAGGUUUUUUUUUAUAAUAGGGACUUUGUAUCUGUACCGCUGCAUUACUAUGUAUGUUACCACCUUACCUGUACCUGGAAUGCAUUUUCAGUGUGCGCCAAAGUUGAAUGGAGAUUCUCAGGCAAAGGUGCAGAGGAUCCUGCGACUGAUAUCUGGUGGUGGUCUGUCCAUAACUGGAUCUCACAUCUUGUGUGGAGACUUCCUGUUCAGUGGUCACACUGUAGUACUAACACUGAUCUACCUGUUCAUCAAAGAGUAUUCACCACGUCAUUUCUGGUGGUAUCACUUAAUCUGCUGGCUGAUGAGUGCUGCUGGCAUAAUUUGUAUCCUUGUUGCUCAUGAACAUUACACUGUAGAUGUCAUCAUUGCUUACUACAUCACUACACGACUCUUCUGGUGGUACCACUCAAUGGCUAAUGAAAAGACUCUAAAGGUUUCCUCGCAGACGAAUUUUCUCUCUCGAGCUUGGUGGUAUCCGAUAUUUUAUUUCUUUGAGAAGAACGUUCAAGGUUCUGUUCCUUGCAGCUUCUCCUGGCCAAUAUCUUGGCCUCCCAGCUGCUUCAAAUCUUCGUGCAAAAAGUAUUCACGGGUUCAGAAAACGGGAGAAGACAAUGAAAAAUCUACCUGAAGAAAAGGAAAGCAUCUGCUCUGUUUUUUUUACCAAAAUAUUAAUGCUGUAACCAAAGUUCUCAAGAGGACUAUAUUGUAACUGAGGAGGUGGACCAAACGUCUGUGCAAAUUGAUUGGAAAUAAAUUGUAAACAAAUAUAUUGCCAUUUCAUAAUAUUUUCCUGUGAUCGCGCUGUGCAGCGUGAUGUGCAAUAGAAUGCACCGCUGAUGGGAUUUUUCCUUAAAGAAAAUGGAGCAGGACUUUCAUUUACUAAUGAGAUAGAGGUGCCAAAGACCUUAUUAACACUUUCACUGCUAACUAUCACUCAUCCACAGAAGCACCUGAAAAUCUCAUCCUUAAAGUUCUGGACUGUAAGGGCCAAAACAUGCUAAAAUAUGGAAGCAUGAUAUCCGUGUAUUGAAGUAAACAAAAAAACACAGUUUAUGGGAAAUGGUUUGUUGCGUUACCCUUGCUAAUGAAGGUAAGAGCUUAGUGUGACUAGUACAGCUGGAAGUAAGUCCUGACUUUUUUACAUUCUGUGGGUAUGACUAUCUUAUGACCCCAAAAUACUGCUACCACUAUUCCAUAUAUUCUACGAUGUACCGAUUUUUACAUUUUUAUUAGCAUUUUAUAUUUAAACUGUUGUGCUACCUGAUGACUUUGCAAAUUAGGAAUAGCUGCUAACAUCAGAACUCAAGGAGCCUAGAACUUUAUUUUUUAAAAAGGGCACAGUUUCAAAGUCUAAAUCUUUAACUGCAGUUUGGCCUUGUGUAUAUAGCUAUACAGUGACUGCUGGUGUAUGUAUAUGCAUACGCACACAGAAGCACAUGCUGAUGUGUAGGUAGACAUGUAAACAAAGCUACUUAAGUGAAAAAGAAUGGUCAUACUGUUCUUAAUUCAGGCAAAAGUCCCAUUGAUUCACCUUCUUGAGAGACAGGAUCUGGAAUGGGGCUGUAUUUAAAAUAGACUUUUAAUUUUAUUAGCUAUUUCCUGUUGAAACUAUGUAGCAAGUUUGCUGGGGAGCCAUGGUUCUGCAUUUAAUUUGGUUUUUGUACCUUUUGACACAUUUUUGUGAUUUAAUUAAAAAAAACCCCAAGUUAAAUGCCUACAACAGAAGCAUUUCUUCAAUUAUUAUAUGAAACCAUUUGGGAUUGCAUUUCACUGUGGUAUAACUCUUAAGUGCAAAUUCUUCUCUUUUUUCCCUACUGAUUUUAGUUGUUAGAAUGGCUAUAUACACACAUUGCCUGAGAAUGUAAGAAACUACCAGUGUAAACAUGUAACAGAAAUGCCAGUUAGCAACUACCUGAUUCUUGUUGCUUUUCUUUGCUUUGUAUUGGUGAGAAAGCAAACUAGAAAGCUAACGUACCAUCUUUAGCAAUUCAUUUCUGCAAUCAAUUCAUUUUUUUUCCCCAAGUCUUCAAUUUAAGCCUGAUAGCAGAGCAAAAACUGCAUUAAGAGUUGAAGUUACACUAGUAUAAAGGAAAUGGUGUUUAUUUUACAAAUGUCUUGAAUUGAGUGGCAGGUGUGAACAUAGUUUAUGGAAAUUUGUUUUUAUGAUAGUGCAGUUAAAGUAUUAAAAUGCAAUACAGAUUAUUCAAAAUAUAUAUUUUGUUUUAGUUAAGGGGAUCAGUAUCUGUUGUACAUAAAAAUGUUAAUGUUCUUCUCAAAUUUUUGUGCAUUAUCAAAGUACAAUACAAUAAAAAAAAUAUAUGUUCCUUACAAUACAUCCUUGGUAAGAACUUAGCUAAGAAAGAAAUUCUGCUCUUGUUUGUUUGUUUUAUUAUAAAUAAGCUGCUCAAAAUUUUCAAAUAUGCCCCGGGAAUCUGUGUGUAUAGACAUGGCUGUGUAUUUGCUUGAUCCUGGCAGAACUUGAGUAACUAAAAAGCCGGUAUCGAAACACUUCCAUGGAAGUACAAUUAGAAGUGAAUUGGUUCAAUGAGAGUCUAUCGAUUUAACAAGAUGGUGUUAUGUCAGUGUAACUUCACAGAGCAUGACAUUUUUUGAAUCUGGAUAAUGGCUUUGAUAUCUUCAAUAUGUUCAUCUUAAAGACAGUUCUAGUAAUGCUCCUAGAAAUCAUGAAUGGAUUUCACUGUUGUUACCUGUGCCUUGAAAAUAACAUGAUGUAAAGCAUUCCAGUAAGGAGCUUAAGCAGUGGUAUUCAUCUGGUGGCUGAAUAAUAAACACUUUGAUGGCAUAGAUAACUAAUUGUCUGCAUAGCCACUACUGUGUCUCAGCAGGAUUUCUGUCAUCUAUCUGCCAACUAGGAUUUCUUCAUGGAGGAUUAGGUAGGUUUUCCUGUUGCUAUGAGGGAAAAUGUGGAAGAAGAAAUAUGGAACAAAAUGAGGUUUUGCUUCUGUUUGUGUGAGCUUUUCAUUCUGCUGCUGAAUUUGAUAGAGAUUUCUGUUGUAAUGCAGAAGAAUAGUAGACGACAACCCUAUCUCAAAAUACUUGAUUCCUGUUCUAGCUUGGUUUCACCAUAGGUGCUUAACUUUACUGCACUGAUUCAAAUGCCUCAAAAGGGUGCGUGCUUACUUUACAUUUAAAAAAAGAAUUCCUCUACUAUCUUUGUAGCUUUAAAUUGUUCUUGCAAACAUGGUGCAGAUGUGCUUGAAGACUUUUUAUGCCUAUGUAUGUAUGGCGAUGAAGUAGGGUAACUAAUUACUUAUACAAUAGUACUUACAGCUGUAGUAGUCUAUCCAAUACAGAACAGCUGGUAAAUAAAAAUUAUUCUAAGAACUUGGAGAUCAUGAUAUAGAUUCUGUGAAGCAGAAAAUAUGGUUUCAUCCUAGGAGGGAAAAGGGGAAAAGAUUGCAGUGAGUGAAAGCAGAAGAAUAUUUGGAUUAUCUUGAUGUACCAGAUGCUUCACUAUAAGCCUAUUUGGGCUGUGAAGGCCCACUGUUUUUUGUUAUGUCAUUGUAUCUUUCCUGGAGUUAUGAUGAUCUCUUACAGAUGUCAUGAGCUGCAGCUGUACUGUGAGUAAAUAAAACGUUCCUUCUCUCUGCUGAAGAGCAUCUACAUGUUGAACGCUGUAGGCGCUUAAAACAACAACAAAAAAAAAAAGCUACAGUUGUGUAUCUGUCACGUCAGUAUGAUCAGAAUGCUGUUGGGUGCUCUGCAUUUACGAAUCAGACUUCCAGGAAUGUUUAACUUGAAACCAGGAUUUCCUAAAUACCAAACUGGGAUUUAAGAGGGUAACUUCAGCAUUUAAAGAAAUGAGCUAUGUGAUGGUGCUGCAGAUGCUUCUUUCCAAGAAAACGUGCCAGCCAGAAGUGGCAAACACACUUGAAAAUGCUGUAAACUAUUUCUAUGCGUUUAGCGCUCCCAUGUGGACAUAAAUGUUAAUCCUUGUUAGUCAUUCUCUGUUGCUGUUUUCUUGGGAAGGUAGCUGCAGAUGGGCUAGUAACAAAAAGCUCUGCUAAACAUUGCUAUGAACUUCAGCAUUGGAUUUCUUUCUUCCUCCCCAGCCCCACUAUUUUUUAUUUUUUUUUUAAGAGGGGAGGGGAAAACUUUAAAGUGUUGGUAACCUUCAUAUAAUUGAGAAACAAGCUCUAUUAAUGAAGAUGGAACUAGAAGGUAUCUUAGGACAUGAGAGGGGAAUUUUCUUAAGAGGGUUUGCGAUAAUCUGAUUAUCUGUUUCUUAAAUCUGAAUCUGUUUAAACUUUCACUCAUCCUUAGUGUCUGGCUAGACAGUUUAUCCUGCAAAAGCCCAGUACCAGACCAAAUCCCUUGUCUCAUUUUAGUAGACAUGAAGUAUGAUUUAUAAUUCUGACAUCAGAUUCAUUCAUUACAGUGCAAGAUGAAGUCUUCCGCUUCAGGUUGAGGGAAGGUUUCUUUAAGCUUUUACUUACCAGAACUAUCUUAAAGAUUCAGAAGGUAUAAUCUUAAAUACUUGCUGAGUGUAUUAGAUACGUGAUCAAAUUUUUGGAACUGGUUUUCACUACUGGUUGACUUCACAGGCAUUGAGCUCCAUUCUUUAUUUUCUUUAAUGUUUUGAACUUGGCUAGGAGUCUUUACAGAUAUGCAACACUAAAAUGAUCUGUAAGAGUGAAUAUUUCUUGUUCUAGACUGGGUGCUAAAACUAGUGUGACUGAAGUUCAGUUUUUGGAGAGGGGGAAGAAAGAAGAAUCUUGAAGAAAAUUACUUCUGUUGACCACUAUUCCAAGUGACUGUCACUGCUUUAGAGUACAUAAAUAUCUCUGUGUGCCACUGAAGUAAUUUUGCUUGUAUGUUAAGCUCUUCCUGUUCCUUUAUGGUGGCUGAGAAUCCACAGCACUGGAUGCAGAACACAGAGGUUUCUCUUUCUUCUGGGAGGAUAGACUAGGUUGUACCUGCAUAGUAGGCUCAGCCAUCUUUGCUUGUUCUUUUGGGACCCUUUCAGUCUGAGGCCUCAGCAUGGAAGGCAACAAUAGCUAGAAAGCAUAAUAGAACUUAAAAAGAGAAAACUUAAGAAAAGGACUGAAAAGGGGAACCACUGUAAAGACAGUUCUUAUUCAACAUUAUAUCUGAGCUGGUGUUACUUCAAGCAUUGGAGUUGCACUAGAAAUGAAUAUGUAUGUUUGGGAAUUUUCUGUGUUAGGGGAUAGUGGGAUUGCUGAUAAUAUUAAGGGGAAUUUUAUUUCCUUGCUUACUUGUAACUGCACCGGUGAAUUUUGUGUGUAUGGAUCUUAAGCAGGAUUUUGAAAUUUCAGCACCUCUUCUACCUUGGAUAAUAUGUCAGGGCUCCUUUUGUGAAAGCUGGUUUUGCAUUCUAAUUUUUCAUAGAUUGUUGCUGUUCAAAGUGGUGCUUAUGUGUAGCUUAAGCUGCCUUGUCUUUCUUGCAUCUGUCUUUCUUCUCUUGCCUCUGUUGCUUUCUAAACAACUUGAUGCUGAGUACCAUUAUUAACGUUGAAGAAAGCUCCAUAAUUACCAAUAAAGCCAAAAGAUACUCUUGUCAGACACAUACUUGCACUACUUAAAAUUACUUUCAGGUACAAAAUCUAACAUCCUGGGGAAUGCUUGUUCACUUGCAUUGAGAAAUUUUUGCUCUUUGAAUAUUUUAUGUUCAUUUUUAGUUUUUGUUCUGACUUAAGAUAGCACGUUUGGAGUAUGAUAAAGAUGAGGUCUGGUUGUUUUGUUGAGGUCAGGGUUGCAGCCAGAAGCCUGAAAGCAAAAGAGGAAAUAAUGUUCUGAUGUCUGCAGUUCUCACUGUUUCCAUGUGACUUGGAGGAGAACUCUAGAGACUUGGGCAGGACAUUCCUUUCAACUGCAAUGUGGUUUUCAUUCUCAUCAACCAGCAGCUUUUCUGGCAUUGUUUUUUCCUAGGUUGAAUUCCUAGCCUUGAAUGUUAAUUGGUGCUAUGCAUCCACCCUGGGGAAAAACUGCCAGGAAAGCUGUUGCCUGCUGAGUAGCUGAAGAUGGUAAAACCAGGAGUGUUGUGGUUUGUGCAUGCUAUGGAGCUAAUGUAUGGCUGUUUUCUUUUUUUCCUUCCAGUUUUGAGGUCCAGUUCUGCAAUCACUGUACAGCAUAACAUUUCUUUAACAAGUGGUACUACUUUAGGCCUCUUGUGCUGUAGUUUUUACUGAUAGUUUUCAGCUGGACCUCCUUUUCUUGUGAAUUAUUCACAAUUAGCAAGAAUUGGCUCUUAAACUGGAAAACAUUGAGAACAUUAUGAUGCUUCCUAGCAUGUCAAUUUUUGGUUAAGCAGAUGACAACUCAGUGUUGUUGUUUGCUGUAUGCUGUGAGAUACCGGUAUUGUGAUUUGUAAGACAUUGCAAUCUAUGUUCACUGUAUGUUUAAAAAACAAAACGCACUGGCUGUACUUAAAGCAAUAAUGUAAGCAUCUUAAAGCUUAUAUCAUGAAAGGUGCUAUCUGUCAUGAUCACUUGCACUGCUGACCAUGGAUCUAGUAAAGAAAAUGUUAAAGAAAAUUGUCCUAAUGUCAAAGAAGCUUUGUCCUAUGUGGUUUGCUCACUUGGCACAUAGAAGUUGAAACUUCUUAUGGUCGAUGUAUGUACUAUACAAAUGAAAUUCUUCGGGCUACUGACAUGACCACAUUCAUCUUUCAAAAAAAAUACCCAAACCAGAAACAAUGUCCAUCUAUGGUGCUAAUAAUCUCCAAAAAUAUCAAGAGCUGGUAUUCUCUUAUCACCCAUGAACACUAAGCAGAGCUGUUUUGACGCCUUUUUCAAUAAAGCAAUUUCUCUAUAUUUUAAGCUUGUUCUAAAUGCUUUUUUAUAAAAAUACGACCCUUUUCUAUUUAUUUUGUAUAAAACCUACAAAAUAUAAUUGUAAAUAUUUUAAAUGUGUGAAGAGGGUAGGAGUGUGUAGGGUGGAGGCCAGUCUGAGAUUGGAUUUUCACAAGUGCUUAGGACAGCUCACCUUUUGAAACUUGAUGUGAGAUGUAAAGGAUGUUAGAUAGGUUUCAGGCGUAGAUUUAGUGUCAGGCUUCAUCAGCUUUGUUGAAACCUUGAGGACAGAAAAUUGUAUGAGGAAUUGCUGAUCUCUAUGGUAGAUGCACCUUCUGCUGGAAGUUUUGAGAAAUAAGCUUGUGAAGGAAGAUGCCCGUGUAGCCAUAUCUAAUAAGCAGAGGUGAAAUUUGAAAGCAGAAUUUUGAUGUGAUUAUUAAGGCAGUUUGUAGUAGGAUGUAAUGAGUCAAUGUGAAAGCCUUAAUUAAGAUGAUUGAGAUUAUGGAAGAUAAGUUCUUAUUGGUUUACAGCUUCAUAAGCAAACUUAAGAUGAGAAAUUCCUUGUGCCUUCUCUAGCAGUUUUUUUUCCCCCCUCUUUAGUUAUGGUUUUAUGUUGCAUAUAAUAGAGGGUAAUGCACUUCCUAAUCAUUCUAAAUAGAGUCUUCAGGCAGCAUUAUCUACAUUUUCUCUCCAAGAUAAAUGAAAACCUAUAGCUCUUGUUAAAGGCUCCCUUUUGAUUGACAGUUGUGAAAGUGCUGAUGCCUUUAAGAUUAGGCUAUAGUAUAGUUCCCAGCUUUGAAAUAAGUAUGAUCCAAUAGUGAGAAAGUAUGAAGUCUUGCAUCUCUGCAUGCUUGAAAGUGCAGAUGGGGUGUCAUGUAUAGGUGUGUGAGUGAGCAGUCUGUAUAGACAAAUGUGCCACCUUCUCUGUUCUAAGGUUGCACCUUUUUUAUACUGAAGGAGUUCUUCCAAACCAUUUACUUUUGUUACUUCAAUAAACAGACUUCUCAAAGACUUGUUUUACAGAACUUCUCUUGUCUAUGCAAAGACUAUUCCAGGACUAGUUUGUUUCUGCUUUUAAUUAAACUAACCAUCCAGUUAGAGAGGGAUAACCUAGUGACAGUAGUCUGUAUUGUGUCUCACUGCUCUCAGAGCUUGCUUUAAUAGCAAGAGAUUUGGAAGAGCCAGAGAGAAUGAAAUCACCUAUAACAGCUCUAAUCCAUGGUGCAAUAUAGCUUUCCUGUAAUAACUAGUUGCCUCAGACAAAACUAUCUUUUUUAAAGAGUGCAAUAUAAGUAGAAAUACUAGCAGAAAUAAAUGACUGCAUGCAGAAAUGAAGCUUUUUGUGAGCACGUGGCAGGUUCUGGCUAGUGGGUGACUGCGGAUUUUGUGUUAGCAUCUGCUGUGAGUGAUGGAACUAUGAUUGUCAGUGUGCUAAAUGCUACUCGGAGAACCUCUAAGCAUUUUCCAUAUGCUUUUAACAAAGUGGGUUGUUUUUGGUUGGUUGGUUAGGGGUUUUUUUUGUUUGUUUGUUUUUGUGGUUUUUUUUUUUUUUUUUUCAAACUAAGUGCCUGUGGAAAUAAAGAGCUUAAAAGUUGCCUACAAACUGAAACACACAGAAACACAGCCUGUUGCUGAGGAAAGUGAUUGCUAACAACUACAUAGAAUGACCAAUCAAUGGUCUAAGUGUUGUGAUAGGAUUCACAGGCUGACAAAAUUUGAGAGAAAUAUUAUAUUGCUUUGAAGAGUUUAUUCUCUUUAACUUUCCAGUUCUUUUGCUUGGGCAUUAAUACUGUAAUUUGGUUAUCUUUAAAGAAAUGUGAAUCGAUUUGAACUUUCUUUGUGAAGUAUUUCUUGGAGCAGACUGAGGAAUGGACUUUCCAAAAGAGGUGAAGUAAAUGGAAUGUGGCUUUUAUUACCUUGUAGUAGGACUGGGGCGGAAUAGUUUCCAAGGAAAGCAGAAUUACUUUCUCCAGUCACUUGUCAAACAGGCUUAGAAGGAGGUGAGGCUAGAUUGCUUCUAUGUGGGGGGGAAACUAAUGUCUUUUAAGAUGUGCUAAAUAGCUUGACUAUAUAUUGACAGACUGCAGAACAUAAAACUUCCCUUGAGACUCGGAUUUUCUUUUGUUCAGAUUAUUUUUCAUAUUCUCGUGCUGUUUUUUGCUAAUAGGUGCCUCUUUUGUGAACACUGUAAUUGAACCUCUGAAUUUCUGCCAAAUAUGGACAAAGUCAAUCUGCAUUCUGUUCUGCUUUAAGGUGAUUUAAAUGGGAUCUUAGUUUCUGCUUUGUUUCAGCAGUAGUAAAAGAUCCACUUUCUGUUUAUAUAAGAUGAAAGAGGUUGCAUACUGUUGCCUUAAUUGCUUGGCGAAAAACAGACCUUGACCAGUGGAAGCUUUACGUGUGUCUAAAAUUCCUGUAACUUCUGUACACUUAACUUGCAAUAAAACCUUUUCACUGUA